AUCAUCAUACAACCAUCUCUUUCUAUUGAUCCAAACUAAUUGACGAUCAGGGGUUCAUAAAAACAUUCUCGCGUGGUCAUGUUCAUCUCUCAAAUCUCGUUCCAAUACAAAAUAUUCAUAAACUGAAAAUUCCCGCCUCUGAAAGCAGAGUGCGAAGGAAGGAAAGAAAGCAAAAACAUGAACGAGUCAAGGCCGAUGUUGGCAUCCGUGGAGAAUACGGUCACUUCAUCAAUGCAAACUUGUUCGAUACACGAAGAAACGUACAAAUCAACUCCUAGCAGACAGGGGUCUCAAAGUUCAAAUUCAAGCAUAAAAUCAUCCAUUUCUUCUUCAAAUGGCGUCAAUCAAAAGUCUCCUCCUAGCCAUGAUCAUCAUUCUGUUGAACCCGUUUCAUUCCCGACCGGCCAAUCUUCUUCCAACAACACACAUCCUUACUCCGAAUCGAUCAUGGUCGCUGCAUCCUCUUCUCACUCGAAUUUGACUGCUAGUCUUUUGACACCAACGUUGGCAUCCGCAUUAGGGAUAAUACCAUCAUCACGUCGGAAGAAAUCACAGAAACAAAACACAACACCAGUCCCAUCCUCUUCCUCUGCCUCUGCCUCCGCUUCCGCCUCGGCAUCAAGCGCAGUAGCAGGCUCAUCAAAAUGGCCCAGGAGACCAAGUCUGCCAGCAUUGGCAAGUGGAGAUAGCAGGAUGAGCAUGUACAGCGUUGCAUCAUUCGAAUCGUUACCAGAAGGAGAGAGUGUAUCGCAUAUAUCAUCUUCUCCCUACUCCAAGCCGUCAAAUGAUUUGUUGGAUCCUACCAGCUAUGGAUCUUCGCCUAAACUGGAAAGCAGCAUGGCAGGAAUGCGAAAGAACAAAGAUCCUUCUCGCAGGUUUCACGUUCGAAUCAACGAUCGGCCGCUUCGAUCUGCAGAGGACGGUAAUUGGACAAAACGAAGGAAUGUUGCGAAGGAAUUAUUGGAUACGGAAAGAGCCUUCGUUGCCAGUUUGAGAAUUGUCAACGACCAUUAUUAUCAACCUUUGCUAGGAUACAGUAAAGGGGUAUCGACAUCCAGCACUGGCACCAAAUUGCCCGAUAAUGCAGCGCCAAACCUAUCCAAGAAAGCGAUCAACGAGAUAUUCUCGAACUUUGCAGAUAUACUGCAUCUUAAUUCGGAACUUUUGAUCCGUUUGGAUGAUAGGCUGAGUGGACGCAAUCGAGAUCCACCGAAUUCACGGCCUGUUUCGAUGGUAAUCCCAGGCUCCGUCGAAGAGUCGAUUGAGCCAAAUCCAGAACAGCUGCAAAAGAAGACGGAUGCAAACACACAUCCUUGGGAUCCGAAGAGUGAUCUAAUCGGAGAUCUUCUUGCGCCUAUGGCACCAUUCUUGAAGAUGUACUCAUUCUUCGUAAAGAAUUUCAGUAGCGCUCUUACACGAAUCGAGGCUGAACGCAAAACCAAUGAAGUCUUUGCCAGAUUCUUGAAAGAAACGGAACGGUUGACAUGGAUGACUUCCGCCAGCACUGAAGGAGCAGAUGGUGUUCCUACACGAUCAGGAGGUUUCGGAUUCGGUCUUGGUCUCCAAGCGCAUCUAUUGAGUAUUGUUCAACGGAUUCCACGGUACAAAUUGUUGGUUGGCGAGCUGGUCAAAUGUACGCCUGUGGGACACAAAGAUUAUUCUGACCUUUGCCGUGCAUAUCAAGUGAUCGAGCAAGUGGCCGAAUCGAUCAACGAUAACAUCCGACAGCACGAGAUGGUAUUGUCGAUGCUUAGUAUCCAAAGGACGUUGAUCGGUAUGAAUGAGCCUCUGAUCACGCCUGGUAGAGCUCUACUCAAACGUGCAACCCUUCGGAAAGCCGGUCGAAAAGAUAUCCAUGCAAGGGAGUUCUUCCUGUUUACCGAUUGCAUAAUCUAUGCGGCACCAAUCGGCGGUGCAAUUGCUGAUGCAUCAGCUGCAUGGCAGGCUUUCAGCCGUUAUGGCGUAGUAGAAGGUACUUCGAGUCCUCUCGGUAGCCCAACGAUGGCGAAAUCACCCUAUCAGCAACGCAAUCUUGCCUCUUCGCCUGGAAAGCCGUUUGAGGUACCAAUCAGGCGAAGGACAACUUCCGUGCCAACACAAGUGGAAAGCAAUCGAUUGUCAUUUUCAUCUUUGGAGGGUCAACAACUGCAAUUUCGUGGAAAGUUUGCUUUGCAAGAUUGCACUGUAGUAGGAGUAGAAUCGGCAAACUCAAAUGACUUAUCGUUGCGACACUGUAUUGAAAUUCGCACACCCGGUAAAAGUUUUGCUAUUUACGCCGAUUCGACUGAGGCCAAAGCUGAAUGGUUGACAGCAAUGCGAAAUGCAAGAGAAGAAUUGAUGACAAACAGGCGAACGUUGCAAGCAGAAGAAGAUUCAAUUUCAGCAAAGAGGGAAAGAAGGAGAAGCUUGCAGGCAAUCAACAGAAAAGUUUCUUUUCCACAAAUACCGGAUUCAUCAUCUUCCAUACCUGAAGGCUCAUCUGUAGAAGCCUUUACGGAAGCGCGACCUAAAAGAGAGUCUUUGCCUUCGUUCAGCACGACAGGUAGUUUGGCAGCAUAUCUGACCGGCAGCAGUGCUAAUUCAGCAUCAAUGGCAAACAGCAAUCUGUCUGCAUCCCGUAAUGGAGGAUUGAAAGUAUUGGAAGACUACAAUGCACCCGUUUGGGUUCCCGAUAGCAGAGCGGACAAAUGUGCAUGCUGCAGUGAAAGCUUUGGCUUGUGGAGACGUAAGCAUCAUUGUCGCUUAUGCGGUCAAGUCGUUUGUUGGUCUUGCAGUCAAAAGACUUUCUUGAUCGCAAGCUAUGAAGACGGUGAACAAGACCGCCCGGCAAGGGCAUGUGAUACAUGUUAUGAAUCCGUCUUUCCCGAGACACCAGAGCCUAGCCUGGUAGAUGUAGAAAGUGCAGCAGCUUCAACACCCGCCACAAAUGUUGAACAAUGCAUCCAUGCAAGUCGUGCAUUGGACUCUGAUGCCAGCUUGCCUUCUUGUCCCCCAACGCCAACUUCUCCACAAGAAAUGUGCAUCAUCACAACGCAUGAAGAUGAUGAUACGAUGCAUUCGCUCACGCCAGGCGUGGACAGUCCCAGAGUGACGGUCGAACAGAGUGAGAAUACGACAGCCAAUCGAAGAAAUCGAAGCGUUAGCCCGCCCACGAGGGAGAAUCGCUCCAACCAACCAAUCUCGCCUGCAGCACGAGUCGCAAAAGCUCAUGCCUUGGAAGCACAAUUGUUUCACGGUAAGCUUCUCAGUCCUCAGGUACAUGCCGCUACUUCUGGUUCAGGAACGUUUAGGUUGGUCACACCAAGACUAACGACACCCGAAUGGGAAAGACCGCCACUUUUACGAUCUUCAAAGACGUACGGAGGAGAGAUAAACAUGACAUCAUCCAACGAAACAAGCAGUCAAGCGACGCCCGCUUCUACAUCAAUCAAUCAAUCCCAUCCUAAUGAAUGUGGGGACUAUUUCGCAGGUGUCUCAUUUGGUGCGGACCAAUUACAUCUGGAAAAUAACGAGGUCGAUCAGGUCAAAACAUCUCUCCUUCAAGCACCGGUCCGAAGACGCAAACCAUUGUCAGCCGCUGCUAGACUUUCAUCCUUUUAUGGAGCCUUACCUCAAAUCAGUACACCUAAUUCGUCUUCACCAUCACCUGCAGUUCCUUCUGAUUCAUAAGCAAACUUUCUGUGUAUAUACCCGCAAUUAUC